AUGGGGGUGCUGAAGGAGUCCUCUCAGGAAAUGGGGAAGAAGGAGGUGGAGGUGAGCUUCCCUCCCAGGCAGGUGCAGGUGGUUGCCCUGCUCCCAGACCUGCUGGUGUAUAACAAUCACUCCCUCCGGCGGAUGCUGCCUUCCAUGGAGACCUUCAAUGGAGUCUUGCUCUGCGUGGAGAUUACAGGAUUAACUGCUCUCCUUGAAAAGCUAUACACAAACAAUGACCUGAACUGUGGCAUGGAACAGCUGACCCAGAUGCUCAAUGAUUACAUAGAAGGCAUAAUGGAGCAUGUGCUUUGUUUCGGAGGUGACAUCUUGAACUUCACAGGGGAUGCAUUGCUGGUGCUCUGGAAGGUCGAACGAAGCCAGCUCAGUGACAUCAUUACACUUGCAGCAAAAUGCAGCCUGGAGAUGCAGAAGCAGUUCGGGUUUAGCUACACGGAAGUGGGCCCAGAGCUCCGACUGAAGAUCGGGCUGUCUGCAGGCCACGUGUCUCAGCUCAUUGUCGGUGAUGAGAUGCGUCAGUACUGGCUGGUGACUGGCCAGCAAGUGGAUGAUGUGAGACUGGCACAAAGCCUGGCACAAGCUCGUGAGGUGAUUCUAUCACCGAACUGCUGGGAGCUCUGUGACCGGGACGUGUUAGAAGCAGAAAUGCUUAAAGGCCAAAAAGCCAGGAAGCUGCAAUACCUAAAGAUUUUCCACCCACCUGAUUUUGAUGAACACUUUGAAAAGUGCAUAGACCAUCUACAGCAUUAUCCAAACGAUGAAGUCCUACUGAGAAAUGCUGUGGCACUGGCUUCCAGUCAUGGAUUCGAGCUGGCCUUGCGGAGGUUUGUCUUGGGAAAUGUUCUGAAGAAGAUUGACGACAAUCAGCCACUGGAGUUUGUAUCUGAACUUCGACUGGUAACCGCGGUCUCUGUCAAGCUGCAAUUUCACGAGAGCACAAAAAUGACAGAGCUGUGCAAAUUGGUCCAGGAUGCCACUGUGAGCAUCUCUGGUAUCAUGGAGGGCUGGAGAGGCAAAAUUAUCAAAAUCUCCACGUUUGGCAAAGGCUGCACGUUUCUGUGUGUCUUUGGGCUGCCUGGUGAUAAGAGGGAGGAGGAGAGCACCCAUGCCUUAGAUAGUGCAAUUAGCAUCUCUAAUCUCUGCUCUAAGAAUCUCAUAAAAAUUGAGCUUGUUUCCAUUGGGAUUACAAGUGGAGUAGCGUUCUGCGGAGUUGCUGGCAUGCGUCCUAGACAAGAAUAUACAGUCACUGGCUCGAAGGUUAAGAUGGCCUCCAGGAUGCUGACACUCUAUCCAGGGAUGAUAUCAUGUGAUGAAAAGACUUACUCAAAAUCUGGGUUGCCCGGCUGUUUUUUUAAGAAGCUUCCAGAGAAGGAGAUGAGCGAUGCCAUGAGCCCUGGGGUAACCUAUGAAUAUCUCGGCAGAAAGAGAAACCUAAUGUUUGGAAAGUCGGGCUUUACCAGGAAGAAGGAUGGGAAUCGACCCUUGCUGGGUCGCGAGAAAGAGAUCAGAAUCUUCCAGGCUGCACUGCAAGAAUUUGUGAGACACAGAGAAGGCCGUGUUGUUAUGUACGAAGGCUCUACGGGCUAUGGAAAAAGCCGAUUAAUUGCUGAAAUAGACUACUUAGCCAGGGAGGAAAAUCACAGAGUGAUAGCACUGGAGCUGUCCAAAGUAGAUAUCCAGGAGUCCUUCUAUGCUAUCCGGUCACUUAUGGCCAUAUUCUUCGGGAUUGAUGCCUGUAGACCUUAUAAGAGACAAGACAUCCUUCAAAGCAAGCUCAGUGGGCUGUGGGAUGAGACCUUCUACUGUCUCCUCAAUAAUCAGUUCCUUGUGAAGUUCCCCAUGUCAGCUGAGGUUUCUCACAUGGACAAUGAGACAAAGCAAAAAGAAGAGGAAAUGCUUUUCCUCAGAGUCCUGUGGAAGGCAGCGGGAGAAGCGACACUGGUUUUCAUCAUUGAUGAAGCCCAGUACAUCGAUGCUACCUCCUGGGAUUUUCUGGCAAAACUCCUCUUGAGUGUCCCCAUCUUUAUAGUCCUGUCAUUGUCUCCCUUUGCCUCCAAAGAGCUGCUCCCUUGUGCUUCUGCUGAAGGCAUCAUGAAGAGCCCCAAGACCACUGGCAUUGUCCUCCGGGAACUGGAGCCUUCCAAACUCUUGGAGAUGGCCCGUCAGGCCCUUGGGGUGGUGAGCAUUCCCAGAGAGAUGGAAACAUUCCUCAUACAAAGAAGCUUUGGGGUCCCCUUGUACUGUGAAGCUUUACUGACGGACCUCCAUGCUAAUGGGGUUCUUGAGUUUUGCCGCAUCCCAGAGGAGGAGAAGGAAGAGGAUGAGUGGGAUAACCUGUCUAUCAGUGCUGUGAAAUCGAUACCCUACAGAGCGCCUCUUGUCUCCUCCAAGGAAAACAAAGAGCUUUACGUUUGUACCAUCAGGACGGGUGUGGACCUGGACACUGUUCUACUCCCGGCGAGGCUGCAAGAGAUUGCUGUGGCCCAGUUGGACAGCUUGAGCCCCUCUGAGCAGAUGGCAGUUAAAUGUGCAGCUGUCAUUGGCCAUACAUUUACUCCAGAGCUGCUGCUGUACAUCCUCCCGGAGUGGACAAACAAGAAGAUGGAAGAGACACUCAUGAGCCUGAUCAGUUCCCACGUGUUUGAAUGUCGGUGCUGCUGCUCAAGCUUCAGCCUGCAAGAGGAGCGGGGGAUGUUGCAGCAGGAUCAAGCAAUGCGGUUCUGCACUCCCCUGCUGCGAGAAGGGGCCUAUGAGCUGUGGCUGGGGGAUCAGAAGAAGGCCCUGCACCUCAAAUGUGCCACCUUCCUGGAGCACAAGGCUCACAAAUGCAGAAGCUGCGGUGGAGGUGAUUUCAUUUCCUUCCACCGCUAUGCCCUGGACACCCAGAUGGGCAAUGAAGCCUCUUUGCUGGGACAAGGCAGUAAGACCAAGGGCACGGCUCAGGUGCUUUCUGAAGAAACCGGGAAGAGGCUUCAGACAAGCUUAGCACAAGAUGCACCAGAGAGGACCGAUGCCUCUCUGGGGCAGGAACUUGCCAUAGAAACUCCCAUGGUCUCAUGUGAAGAUAAUUUACAGUGCAGGGCAAAAUCAGCCAUGAAUAAACAGGUGUUGCCAGAUGAUCAUCUCCGAGUUGAACAGGAGUUCCUGGACAGGGUGGACAAGCUGAUUAAGUACCAUAAACGUGGCAAAGAGGAAGCCACAAACCUGGCACCCUGUGAAUGUGGAGAGAGAGUGGAAUUGGUGGUCUCUGCCCUAGCCCGCCAUUGUCUGAUGAGACCUAAACUGAAGAUCAACCAGUUUGAGGAAGCCACUUUCUGCAGCCUCAGGGGAGAGGUCUGCUUCAACAUGGGCCAAAUCGCACUGGCCAAGAGACUGAUCAAGAGGGCCCUCUGCUUACUGCACAAGGGGUUUCCCCGUACCUGGCUCGGAGCCUUCUUCCAGUCGUUACUCGAAGAAUCCAAACACUCUGCGUAUCAUGCUCAGCAGCGUCAGGCCCAACACACAGAGAAGGCAUUAGCUGUCCUGCAGCAGCAGAUUCACUGCCUCUCCUUGCUCUGGCAGUCCUACAGCCUGGACUCUACCACCAACAGGAAGUACUCCCGGCUGGCAGCCCUGAUGGAAAUAAAUUUGGCAGAUGAGUCUGAGAACAAGAUGCAGAUCAUUUCGACAUAUAUGGAUUUUUCACAGUUCUCCCAAAGUAUGGGCUAUAAAGACGAGUGGCUAAAAUACGAGAUGAUGGCUAUCCAGAGAAGUUCCCAGUGCAACUUCACCUUCACCAGGGAGAGGUUGCUAAUGACAGCACAGUUAGCUCAGGCACUGGCCUAUAGCAAGCUCUGCUUGGGUCACCUGACCCGAUCCAUCCAAUUGGGCUUUCAAGCUCAUACAAUGUGUGUGCGGCUCCGGAAAACCAGCCUCCACUGCCUGGUUCUUUCGGUUCUCUUCAAAUCUGCGUUCCUGAAGAACAAGUACACCCAAUGCAUCAGAGUCUUAGAGUGGCUGUGGGAACUGGCUACUCAAGAGGAGAGCAUCAUGGUCUUGGCAUGUUUCUAUUCAGCCUGUUUAGACCUGCUGCUUUGUGAUGCUGGGUUUGAUUACAGGCCCAUUGAGGAGUGCCUGCAGUUCAUAAACCAAUAUGAAGCCAGCUGCAUCCUUAAGUCUCAGAGCAACAUCAUGCUGAGUCUAUAUUCCUCUUUGGCAAUCUGGUUUGGCAGACUCCAGCAGUGGGAUCUGUUCGAGGACAAUUUCACAAAGGCCCAACGGCUGGUGAGCAGAACGAAUGCAUCCCUUUUUGGCACUCACGGCUUUUUUAGAUUCCUGGAAUGCCAGGGCCUGUUGCUCCGGAGAGUCAUGGAAGACACGCCCGAGAAGGUCCGGGAGGCUCGCAGUUCAACGCUCGGGUACUUUGAGGAAUUCCUUUCUCGCUGCUCAACAAGUCCAGUCUACCACACGAGGGUUUACAGCCUGAAAGCCUCUGUUAACCUCCUGGGAGAUGAAGAUAAGAGCCAGGUCCCUUUGUCGAAGGGUCUCAAACUUUCAGCCACUUCCCAGACCGGACUGGAGGAAACUUCUUUCAGUGUGAGCCCUGACAGUGUCCACAACGAGUAUCAGGCCACCGGCAGAGUGGAAGAGCUAAAGGACAGCAAAGAUCAGGAUGUAGAGGGCACACAAGAAUACAUGAAAUCUGCCGCAUCGAGGCUGAAAUCCGAACCUAUGCCGAAGGAAUUGACCUUUGUUCAUCUCCAGCUGGGGCAAGCUCCCACGUCCCCCCACACUGUGCCUGCUGGUGAGCCUAUGGAAUACAUCGGCAUUGCACCCCGCCCAUUGCCCUCGACGUCCAGAAAACCCCAGGGUGCUGGUGACAAAGCCUGAGGGGGCAGGAGAGACUGUCAGAGCCAGGACAUUGCUGGGGAGGGUGGAGGGUUUGCUGGGAUACGGAGCACGUACAUUGAAAACCUGCCUUGUCAUGGCUCAGAGGCCAGCAGAGAAUUUGAGGAAGGAUGCUAUGGAAAAAGGGGGGAAACUGACACAAAGGGGUUCUUUUCUUUUAGUCUGUGUAGUUUAGUGGUGUUUAUGGGACCCUGGAGUGAUUGGGUAUAACUCUGUACUCAAGGGGUAUGACUACACUACAGUCAAACACCUGGGACUGGCUCGUGUUAACUGACUCGGGCUUGCAGGGCUCUGGCUGUGAGGCUAUCAAAUUGCAGUGCAGCUAUUUGGGCUAGAGCCCGGGCUCUGAGGGUCUCAGAACCAGCUGCGGGUGUUUCAUUGUAGUGUAGACAUACCUUAGGAUAACCUCGGAGCGGGACAAGGUUCUGUGAGAGUCCUACUGAGACCCCUCUUCCAGCAGAUAUAUCUCCUGAUAGGGGUAUUGAAAACUUGCACCUGAACCCUUGGGCAGUGUAUAACAACAGUCCUGCUAUGGAAUCUGUUCCACUGUUCUUCCGGGAACUCAUUCCUCCUGCUAAUGCAUUGGGAAUUCCUGCAAAUAAUCUUCCCCA